AUGAUUCACUGCGACAUCUGUCAUCGCCCGCAUCACGCGACGAAUCUGCCGUUUCUUUGUGCAGUCGACGCAAGGAAUUGCCUGUAUGAGUCCCGGGUCGAGUACGCCCGAGCGCUGAUCGGCCAUGAAGAUGCUGAGCGCCGGGUCGAAGCCGCCUUGGCGAGCAGCGAAGGAGCUUCAAAGGAUCAGACUCCCAGGUCGAGUGCCGAAGUCGACCGGCUGAGAGCUGAUGAAGAGGCUUCCCGUGACCGAACGAGCCAGAUUAUUGCGCAGGCCGACCGGCUGAGGAGCGAGAUUGAUGCUGCGCGGAGGAAGAUUGCUGCGAAGAAGGAUGCAAUCGCCCGGAAGAAGUCGGAUUUGUCGUCAAUCUCGGCCGGUACCGCGACGCGGCGGAACAGGCAGUUGGAGGAGGUUGAGCGGUCCAUCCAGAGGCUGAGGUACAAGUGGAAUCGCAGUGCCGACACCAUGGCUGCCACCAGGGCCUUUCUGUGCGAGGGAUCUGCCAGGCUGUAUGGUCUUCGCCAGGUCAAGAAGGGCAGCGUCAAGCGCUAUGAGAUUGGCGGAGUCGAGAUCUUCGAUCUUCACGCCAUGAAUAGUAUGUCGCCUGAGCUGAUUUCAACAUGCCUUGCGCACAUUGCACAUAUCUUGACGUUGGCGUGUCACUACCUGGCCAUCCGGCUGCCGGCAGAGAUUACCCUGCCGCAUUCCGACUACCCACGGCCAACCAUCUUCGCGCUUUUGGCAUCUUACAAGUAUGAAGAGGCGCCGUUUCCGGGAUCGCUGGCGCCGCAGAUUCCGCCCCUCUCGGACAAUGGGGAGCAGAAGCAUGUUUCACGGCCUCGUCCGUUAUUUAUCGACAAGCCUCUUCCGACGCUGGCCAAGGAGGAUCCGUCAGCAUAUUCGUUCUUCUUGGAGGGAGUCUCUUUGCUGGCUUACGAUAUAGCCUGGGCGUGCUGCUCGCAGGGUGUCUCUUUCGGCGACAAGGAGUCGUACGAGGAUGUGUGUAAUAUGGGCCAGAAUCUCUGGCGUCUUCUCAUCGGGGACCAACUCCACCGUCGAUCCGUCGAGCCGACUUUCCCCUCUUCGCUCAGCCCGCCGACCGGGAGUCCCAGAGAUGACGACCGUGGCGAAAUCACGAACCCCAAGUCGACGAUCGGUCGCUGGUCGCACGGAACGCUGCAUAGCUUUCUGGGGGGAGCUGAGGGCACUGAAUUCGUCCGUAACUUCAAGAUUCUUUCGCCUCUGAAGUUGGCGGAUCGGUUGAAGAAGCGCUUGUCGAGUGAGGCGCCGAUGCUGGAAUGGGAGAAGAUUGAGGGCGACGAGCUGGAGGACGGCUUUGAUGAUGGUGUCCUUGUUCGAGAUCAUGGCAAUGCUGGGCGCGGGGAUCUCGGAGCUACGAGUGUCAUGACGGUGCGGACUGUCGAGUCGAAUGGCGGCACGCCCGGAGUCGCCAACACAGCCAGGGGCACCAGUGGCUGGACGAGAUUGAAGCACCGGUAG